AUGUGGCGCCGCCAGAAAAGAAUAGGCACUUCGUCUCCUCAGGAUCGCGUGAAACGCAGGUGCUUGGAUGAGCGAGUAUACUACAACUGCAUGCAGCAGCAACAGGAGGAACAGCAGCAAAAUCAACUGCUGGAGCAGCAACAGCUGGAGCAGGAACAGCAGCAGCAGCAGCUGCUGCAGGAACAGCUGCUGCAGCAACAGCUGAGGCAGCAACAACUGCGGCAGCAACAGCUGCGGCAGCAACAGCUGCAGCAGCAACAGCUACAGCAGCACCGGAAGCAGCAGCAACAGCUGCAGGAGCAACUGCUUCAGGAGCAACAGCAGCACGAGCAAAAGCUGCGGCAGCAGCAGCUGCAGCAGCAGCAUCUGCAGCAUCUGCAGCAGCAACAGUUCCAGCAGCACCGGCAGCAGCAGAAACAGCAGCAGAAGCAACAGCAGCAGCAGCAACGAACUCUAAUACAACAAGACACAGCACCGCAUGCAGCAGCUGCAUGCAGCAUGCAAUAUAAUUACCUCGAUGAGUUCAGGGGGAUAGAACUGAGGAGUGCUGCAGCGCCCACCACGCCCAGACUCUCAGCUCUGGCUUGCAGCUUAAGUGGCCCCGAGAGACAGACUUACACUCCCCCUCAAUCAGCGAGCGUCACAUCUGCGCGGUGA